AUGGAGCGCAGGCUCAUGAACUUGAAGCAGCAGUCGAAAGCUGAAGACAAGGAGAAGAUCACACAGUUGGAAAGUGCCAUCAAAGAAAGAGAUGACGUGAUAGCAUCCAUGAGUGCCGAGCAACUGCAAAGCAUGGAUAUGAUGGAUAUUGACAACGAUGAGGCCGCGGGAGAGCCAGAUACGUCCGGCGAAAAUGAGAAAGCACCCAAACAAACGAAGGGAGAUGAACAUGAGGACAAUGCCAAGAACCGGAAGAAAAAGGUCACCAUAGAUGCAGACCAGCCAAUGCCAUCUAUUGAAAAGGAAGGAGAAAAAGAGGGACAUAGUGGGAAUCUAUUUGACUCUGAUGCAGAAAUUUCCGAAAUAAGUGACUCCGAAUCGGACUCUGAUGCCGCAGCGUUCUCGGAUCCCGAAUAUGGAAAGCCUCUGUAUUCCCGUCCGGGAGCGAAGUCGACAAAGAAUGCCGAGACUGUGGGAUGGUCUGGUGGCCGGUCGAUGCUCUACAUCAAUCAGUACGGCAAGAAAAGCGCUGCGAGGUACCGCCUGGAAAAGUACGCACAGCCGCCCGAAUACGAGGAUGACCCGCCAGAAGCCCAGAAAGUAUCCAAUCCAAAGAACAGGCUGGGAGACGAAAGAUUGGACAAUGGCAAGUUUAAAUAUACAAAACGGCAUAUCCGCGGAAUAUACGGGGUGGCAUGGAAAGCUUCAGACAAGCGUGGUUCAGCUGACUUGGACCUGAUAAACCCCGACUUGGUUGAAAGGUGGACCGAUGUUCCUACAUACAUCCUAAUCGCCUGGGACGUAGGGAAAGGUCUAGUCAAAAAGUGCUGGGAGCCGCGAGCGACUUUGAGAGCGAGAUGGGGAAAGAAGGAUGCUGAUGUUGCUAUAUACAAUGCCGCGGUCGAGGCUGAGGAGAGAUACACUGAGGCCAAGACUGGCAAGCGCCGAGCAACGACGUGCGAAAUCUGCCCGGUCGUCAGCAUCUCGGUCGCCGACGCCUGCGGCAAAAGCCAGAUCCUCCAAGUCACAGCCUAG